AUGGAAAUAAGUGAGCUCAAUUCCAAGCUCAAAGAAGUAUUUGAUAUGGCUGUCUUCUCCCAAUUACUGGAGAUGGAUGAGGAAAAAGAUCGAAAGAUUAGCUCAACGGCGCUCUACAGUUUCAUUGAGAAGGGCGAACAGCAGGUGGACGUUAUGGAAUACUACCUCGAAUCACUUCAACAAUGCGCCGCAGCGAUGGGCUUCUACAAAGUCCAUGAGAGCUGUGGAAACAUUCGACGAGCCAGUGCGAUGAUAAAUCGACAUAGUCAGGUUGCAGAGACAGCCCAGGUGGACUUUCUUAGGUUCAUCAAGAAGGAAAUUGGAACUUUAAGUGAUACCGUACUGUAUGCCCGCGCAACAAUCGAUUUGUUUUAUGAGGCAAACUAG